UCCUCUGAUUUCGUGUUGGCCAAAACGGAUUGCGCAUGCGCGAAAUAAAGCACUACCUCUGUCUCUUUUCUUCUUACUCUCUUUCCUUUUCUAACGGAUUUAGAGGCGCAUUUAAAUGCUAAGGCGUUAAAGUGCUAUAGACAGCUAUAGAUUGACUUGAUAAAAGUCGGAAAAAAAAUUGUGUGAAGUGUGUGAUUGUAAAGUGUGUGAUUGUGAAGUGAUUGUGAAGUAAUUUGUGUAUUGGAAGCAUAGGAAGGAAAGUUAACCUGUAUAAAUUUUAUACAGGUUUUCUUUUCUUUGAGAGCACUUUGAUCUUAGCUUUGUUUCAGAUUUUUUGCUACGAGAAGGAAUUAGAAAAUGGAAAAAACCAUUAAAAACUUUAAAAAAGAAAGUCAUUGGUGUGCAGUGACAGGAUGUAUGAGCACCAUAAAUGUGGAAAAACGACACUUCUUCCUUUUUCCAAAAGAACAUGAUAGGUGGUUGGCAUGGGUUCAAGCAUGCAGAAGAUCAGAUUUAAUACCGAAAGGCCCCGAGUAUGCUCACCGCAAUUGUCGAUUGUGCCAUGUACAUUUUGAGGAAGAUAAAUAUAAAAUGGUCAAAAGUCGAGCUCGCCUUCAUCCAGAUGCUGUACCAACAAGAUGUUUAGAGUUCACUAAUAAUAACAGUACUACAGCUUCUACAGUAUCAACGGAUGUAAUAGUAUCAAUGGAAAAUGAAAACAAUAAUGUAAGCACAAUAAUGGACAACGAUGAGGCUUUGAACAUUGAACAACACAUGUCAAUGGACACUGUACAAGAAGAAACAACAAGCAAUACAUGUUUCAACGUUGGAACGUUUGAGAUGGAUCUGGAUGUACAGAUUGCAACUCCAUCAACAAGCAGAGAAGAAAAUAACAGUAACUUGCAAUUACCUGAACCUGAACGUGUAAUGAAUAAUGAUGCUGAAAUUGCUGGACCGAGCACAUCUGGCACAUGUACGAAGACCCAGCAAGCAAAUAUGUCUUCCGACAAUUCUCCUCAAAAGACGAAACUGAGAUUGAAGAAUAAGAAGUUGAAAGCGCAAGUUAAAAGUCUGCGAGAAACGAUUAGACGGUUACGAAAAGGUAAAGUGCCUAACUCCAACAAAAAAGCAGCAAAUGCGGAGGAUGCGGAUCAGUUUGAGACUCUGCGUACAUUAGGAAGUAAGUUAUUACCUGUAAGAUUUGCGAGAUUGUUGUCGGCACAAAUUGAUGCGCAAGUAAAACGUAGUCGUGGUAGAAGGUACAAUCCUGAAUUUAAAAAAUUCGCAUUAUGUUUAUAUUUUUUAAGUCCGCGAAACUAUAGAGAAUUGAAGAAAUCAAUUCCAUUACCCUCAAUACGUUGUUUACAAUCAUUGACUCAAACG